AUGAAGCUCUUUUCGUUGAUUGCCGGCGCAUCUGCUUCUUAUUACACUACUGACUAUUAUCCUACUACUACUACUGAAACCACUACGACUUCCAUUACGUAUAGAACUCUAACCACCACUAACGGCGUUCCGAUCGCAACCGAUUGCGGCGGCCGCAUCACUGAGCUUCAAACAUUUUCGUCUCCAGACUCAGGUGCUGGCAACUAUCCCGACAGAACUCAUUGCAGCUGGACCAUCGAUAUCCGAGGAGUUCCCGGUUUCUUCAUCACUGCGAAUCGAUUCAACGUUGAGUAUGCUGACAACUGCGAAUAUGACUACGUGAAGGUCAUUGCCAACGGGGAAGAGAGAAACUUUUGCGGCCCCCGUUUGUACGGACGACGACGAAGACGUGAUGCCGACAAGAAGAAGAAAGAGGGCGGCAAAAUGACUCCUGACCUUGUCAAUGUUUCGAACAACGGAUUCGAUGACCUAUUUGUGAUUGGAGGGCAGGCGACAGUCAGUUUUUCCUCGGAUCACGCCUUUACUGAAGGUGGUUUCGAAUUUGAGCUUGUUGAAGCUGAUCGACUUGACAUCAUCGAGUACCACUUCGGUAGAAUUGCUGCAUCUCUCCCAGAAGACGCUUCCUGGGCCGAGCGAUACGUCAACCGAUUCUACAAAGUCUUCAACAAGGUUGUUGACGCUGACAACGGCGAAAACUGCUACGAAGACAACGGCUUUGGCUCCGACGACUCCGCCGAUGACGUCCAGGUCUUCGACGAAAGUGACUUCUGCAAGCUCAACGGCCAAGUCAACGCUGCCCUCAACAGCUGGGCCCGAAACAACGCUUGCGAAGGACGAGGCAAGGUCUACCGACAGGUCAUCCGAGCCGCUCGAAAGGUCCGAAACUUCUACAACGACAAGAUGGGCUGCUAA